AUGGUUGAUUUAGGAUCGAACUUUUAUUGCCAAGCUAAAGUACCUGAUACGACAUAUAUUUAUGUUAAUAUAGGAUUUGGAUUUCAUGUACAAUUGACAUUAGAUGAGGCUAUCGGAUUUAUCGAGAAAAAAGAAAAAUUAUUACAAAAGAAAUCUGAUCAGUAUACCCGAGACAUUGCAAAAAUAAAUGCACACAUUAAAUUGGUAUACGAAGCUUUAAAAGAAAUUUUAAAUUUACAGAAAGGCGAAGAAACUACAUUGAGAGAUGAUUUAUAUUUUUAA